AUGACACCCAAAACUGCCCCAGCACUCAGUACAACACCCAGUGCAGCAGCAGGGACACUGGGCCAUGCUGUGCCCAGUGUGCCCCAGGACACGCUUGGGCCUCCUGGCUGGCAGGGCACUGCCGACUCUUACCUUGCAAUCUGCCAGGGCCCCCAGAUCCCUUUCCGUGGUACUGCUCUCCAGCCUCAUUCCCCAGUAUGUCUGUUGCCCUACCCCAGCCGCGGCCCGGCCCGCCCCCGCCCCGGCCCCCGCUCGCGGGGCGCGCACGGCGAUGGCGCUGGACCGGGUCCAGCCGCGCGGGACGGCGCCGGUACUCCGCGGUGCGGAGGCGCGGCGCUGGGGCGCUCGGCCGACGGCGCCCGUUGGCGGGAGGUAGGAGGGAGCGCUUCCGCGGGCGGCUCCGGCUGGCGGCUCCCAGCGGCGGGACGGGACCCGGGACGCGCUCUCCGGCUCCGGGAGUCCCCUCAGCGGGAGCCGCCGGGUCCUUCAGGGGCAGCCGCGCGCACGCGGGGCCGGGGCCGGCGGUUCCCGCUGCCGCACUUGCGGAGUGCUGCACCGCGCCUGAGGGAGCGCGGGACUGCCCAGGGCAGGGCAAGGAGGAGCCGCCGCAUCCCAUCUGCCUCGCGUGCAGGGGAUGAUCCUAGCGACCCGUCCCGAGGGCAGCCAUCCGGUGGCAGAAACCCGCUCUCCGCCACCGAGGAGGGGCGGUCCCGGGGCAACCCUCCCGGGCGGCCCCGCGCCCUCUGUCCGCGGCUGACUGAGCCGGCGGCGCUGCCCCGCGCCCCUCCCCAGCUCUCCCCGUCCCUGCCGGGCCCGGCGGGGCGGUGCGCGCCCGCAGCCCCCGCCCCCGGCCCGCCGGGGAAGGCGCCUCGCUCGCUCCGCCGCCCCGGGCAGCGGCGGCCGCGGAGCCCUGGCGAGGCGGGGGCGGCCCCGUCCCGCAGAGCGCUCCGCCGCCGCGGCCCCGCCGCCGCUGGAGUCACCGCCGACCCGAGGAGGAGGACGAGAUACCGGGGGCACGCUGAAAGAAAACCAACUUUUGGAAUUCCCUGUGAGGAGAUGCAUCUGUGACAUGGAGGUUGUGUUUGGUCAUCUACAAUCUGAGGCAACAGUGUGUGGGCUAUAUAUGACAGAAGAAUUAAUUGUGGAGACAAUUAUAAGGAAAUGAUUUAAAAAUGUUAGUGUCUCAUGCCAAGUAAUCGAAGUUUGGGAAAGCCUAGCAGCCCAAGA